CCCAGGCUUUACUUAGAUCAGAUCUGAAGCUGGAGUGUCUACCUUCACCGCUCUUGCUCCCAGCCCCCUCCCCCAACCUUGAGCAGCGGCGGCAAUGGCGGAGCUCGGCGGCAUGCUUGCCGCUGCCAUCCUCAAGGUGGUGAGCGACCAGAUUGGUUCGGCCAUCGGAGGUCAGAUCACCCUGCAGAAGAACUUCGACAAGGAUUUGAGGAAGAUGAAAAUGGCUCUGGAAUCUGCCGAGGCCUUGCUCAAGGUCGCCGAGAGGCGGUCCAUCACUGAUGAACCGACGCUUCUGUGGCUGAAGCGGCUCAAGGACGCCAUGUACGCCAUCUCGGACAUGAUUGAUGACUUCGAGGCCGAUACAGAACCAAUCACUCAGCCGUCUCCACGGAAGUUCUCAUUCAAAAAAUAUUUGGCAAUUAUGAUCCCGUGUCUCAUAGUUGGUCCCAAGAUUACAAUGGCCAACAAGAUGGAGACGGUGAGGGAGGAUCUGAAGGUGAUAACCGAUCAGCACAAGGAAUUCAGAUUAUGGGAAGACGCUAAUGCCAAUGAGCCAAAGGUUACCGAUAUACGGGAAACCACGUCAAUCAUGGAGACACAUGUUGUUGGGAGGGCCAUUGCGGAAGAGGAAAUAUUGGCUUCUUUAUCUGAGAACAUGCAAAACGAGAUCACAAUCCUUCCCAUAUGUGGAAUUGGAGGCCUUGGAAAGUCAACCUUGGCAAAAAUGGUUUACAAUAAUUCCAAAUUCAAAGAAUACUCUCAGGUGUGGGUUUAUGUGUCACAGAUAUUUGAUUUGAAGAAGAUUGGCAAUUCUAUAAUAUCACAACUAUCAAUGGAAGUGAAGGAGAGUGAGUACAGUACAAUGCAGAUGAUACACAAUUGUCUUCAAAAGCUCCUUGCUGACAAGAAGAUUCUUAUUGUUCUGGAUGACCUCUGGGAGGGUGAGCAAUUACAGCUGAAGAGUCUAAUCGAUAUGCUGCAGAUUGGGAAGGGCAGUAACGUGGUAGUCAUAGUAACCACACGUGAUGAUGUCAUUGCAGAAAAAUUUUGUACCAUCCAACCAUACAAAUUAGCACCAUUGAGUGAUGAAAUGUGCUGGUCUAUAAUAAAGCAAAAGAGUGCAUUUGAAUCUAGAGAUGACAAAGAACAAUUAGAGGAGAUAGGUAAGGUCAUCGCAAUGAAGUGUUGUGGUGUGGCUUUAGCAGCUAUCUCUCUUGGACACAUGAUGCAAUCUAUGAAACCAAGUGAAUGGGAAUCAGUGAGGGAUAGUAAUAUCUGGAAUGCAUCUUCUUCAAUAGAUCCAACUUCUUCGCAAGUGCUUGCAUCUCUGAAAUUGAGCUAUAGUUUUAUGCCUUCAUAUCUGAAGCUGUGCUUUGCUUACUGUGCAAUAUUUCCAAAAGGUCACAAGAUAGCAAAAGAUGAUCUUAUUCUCCAAUGGGUUUCUCUUGGGUUCUCUACGUGGGAGCUUGGUGAAAUAUACAUUAGUCAACUUUUGGGACUCUCUUUCCUUGAACAUUCCAAGUCACCAUCGACUAUCAAACUGUAUGAUGAAGAUAUUACAUUGUUCACCAUGCAUGAUCUGGUACAUGACUUAGCAAGAUUAGUAAUGGACGAUGAAAUCCUUGUCGCUGGCAAAGGUAGGAACACUAAGGGAAGCUGGUACCAUUAUGCAUUGCUUGAUGAUUGUACUAAGCCAUUGGACUUGGAGUCAUCUAAGAUAAGGGCACUGCGUUUUAUGGACUGUGACAAAACUGAACUUCAUUGUGUUGCAUUUUCAUCUGCCAAGUCCUUGCGCGUCCUUGACUUAAGCGAGUGCAUCAUACAUAAGUUGCCAGAUUCUAUUGGUGUAUUGAAGCAGCUGAGGUAUCUUAAUGCUCCUAGAGUCCAAGAUGCAGUCAUUCCGAAUGAUAUCAGCACGCUCUCAAAGUUAAUGUACCUCAACCUUCAUGGGUCUUCUAGAAUCUUGGCUUUGCCGAGAAUCCAUUGGAGAAAUUGA